AUGAGAUCGACACUUGUCCUUGCACUCGUCACACUUGCUGUCGCAGCACCUGGCGGCGGUGAUGGUCAGUGGGGAGGUCAAGGCGGCAAAGGUGGCCAAGGAGGCCAAGGCGGCGGUGACAGUGGUCAAUGGGGAGGUCAAGGCGGCAAAGGCGGCCAGGGAGGCCAAGGCGGUGACAAUGGUCAAUGGGGAGACUGGUCAAGUCAAGGCGGAAAGGGAGGAAACGGAGGCGCCGAGACUUCAAAAUGGCAAGCCUGGUCUUCGGCACCGCCAGCUCCGGUUAAGACAACGUCCUGGGCCGAUUGGACGCCUUCUUCUCCAGCGCCGGUAGUGACUUCAUCUCACUGGCAAGAUUGGACGUCUUCAGUCGUGGUUUCUGUGCCGACCUCCUCCUGGCAAGAUUGGUCCUCAUCUCCAGCCCCAGUUGAGACCUGGACUUCUUCUGUUGCGCCUGUUCCAGUUCCAACGGCGACGUGGCAAGAUUGGACAACUUCUACGCCCGUGGUACCCGUUCCCGCGACAAGCUCAAGCACAUGGGCCGAUUGGUCGUCCAGCGUCCCCGCGGCCCCAGCUCCUGCGCCCUCGAGCAGCCAGUGGAACGAUUGGUCUUCAUCGGCGCCGGUUAUGACCCCGACCCCAACGCCUGUUGCUCCUACCACUUCGGUAUGGACGACAUCGGUUGCCCCUUCGACGACACCAGCCGCUCCUGUUGUCAGCCAGUUCACCGGGGCCGCUGCACCAGUGGCUACCGGGGGAUUCAAGAUUGCUGGUGCAGCUGCUGCCAUGAUGGUUGCUGCCUUGCUUUGA